GCCCCUCUGUCUUAAAGAGAGUUUAUCCAUCCCAAAUACUCACAUGUAAAACUCUCCUCAGUGGGACUCUGCACAGCUGGCUGCUCGCUGCAAGGUGCAAACAGUGAGCUGCCUGCUGAAGUCAGCCAGCUGCUCCUUCACCAAAGAAGAACAGUAUCUCCUACAGGAAAGAGGGACACAUCACUGAACCAGAGACAAGAGCUGAAAGCCAAAUAAUUUUCACCCAGCCUGACCAGACAGCAUUUUACUUACCAUCAAGAUCAGACUGAAGUCAGAAUGUCCCUGGGAGGUGGAACAUUAGUGUUUUUAAUGGCAGCAAUGGGUUCGGUAUCUGGAGGAGGUCCAGCAGGUGGUGGUUAUUACCAAAUGAAAUAUGUAAAUCCAAUGGUCAAGGGACCUCUUGGCCCUCCAUUCAGAGAAGGCAAAGGACAGUAUUUAGAUAGACCACCCAUCUCUCCAGACCUCAAGGGAGAGCCAGGACCAGCAGGGAAACCUGGUCCAAGAGGACCACAAGGACCACCAGGGCAACCAGGAAAGCCAGGGGUGGGAAAGCCUGGAUUACAAGGACAACCAGGUCCUGUUGGUGCUCCUGGCCUUUCUGGCAUAGGUAAACCAGGAUUGUCAGGAAUGCCUGGCAAAAUAGGCCCCAAAGGACUACCUGGCAGCAAAGGAGAGCCUGGAAUACAUGGAGAACAAGGGCCUAGAGGAAUGCCUGGACCUCCAGGUAUUCCUGGGCCAUCUGGCAUUGCUUCUAAUGGAAAACCAGGUGUUCAAGGAGCACCAGGGCAACCUGGUAUAAAAGGUGAGCCUGGACCCAAGGGUGAGUCAGGACCACAUGGUGAAAAAGGCAUCAAAGGUGAAGCAGGCAUUGGAAAAGCUGGAAUACCAGGACCACGAGGAGCUGGGGGGCCACCUGGACCAAUGGGACCACCUGGGCAACCCGGGAAUGGAAAACCAGGACUUGUUGGGUUACCUGGAGCCCCAGGAGAAAAGGGAGUUGUUGGUCCCCCUGGGGGUCCAGGUAUAGCAGGCCUCCCUGGGCCACAGGGGCCCCCAGGAAAAUCAGGGGUGGAUGGUGUUGGAAAACCUGGUUUAGAUGGAUUACCAGGUUUGCCAGGGCAUUUAGGUCCAAAGGGUGAACCAGGGAUAAGGGGUUUGCCAGGGUUGCCGGGGCCACCAGGUUAUGGUAAACCAGGUCUUCCGGGUUUAAAGGGCGAUCGUGGCCCCUCUGGAAUUCCAGGAGGAAUAGGUGAAAAAGGAGAGCCAGGUUUAUUUGGGGAACCUGGUACUCAGGGGCCACAAGGUAUAGCAGGUCCUCCAGGACUUCCUGGGUCAAUGGGAUUACCUGGUAAAAAUGGUCUUCCUGGUUUAAAAGGUGAUAUAGGACCAAGUGGGCCACCAGGACCAGCAGGAGUUCCAGGAAAUCAGGGCCUCAAUGGGUUACCAGGUAAGGCUGGCUUUCCAGGUGAAAGAGGGCUUCCUGGCUUACUGGGGCACCAAGGUCCAACAGGGCCUAAAGGGGAAGCUGGGCAAAUAGGGCUCCCAGGUAUCCCAGGAAAUGCAGGUGGUUUAGGAUCAAAGGGUGAAUCAGGAAUGCCAGGGCAACCAGGUCCCCGAGGUACAGCAGGAAUUCCCGGAUUACAAGGGUCAGCUGGUCCUAUUGGUCCCCAGGGACUUCCAGGAUUAAAGGGAGAACCCGGUGUUCCUGGAGCUCCUGGCAAUGGAAUCAAUGGUCAGCCAGGUCCCGCUGGGCCCAAUGGACCACCUGGAGUUCCAGGUCCAUCUGGGUUAAAUGGGCCACCAGGGCUACCAGGGCCACCUGGCCCACCAGGACCACCUGGGGUUUAUGGCAAUGGUGAAAUUGCAGGCCUCCACUUGCCAGAUGGUGUUAAAGGUACAUCUUUGGGGCAGGAAAAGCCCCAGUUUGGCUCUCCUGAUGGGUCUAUUAAAACAUCUCCCGCAUUCACUGCUAUCUUAUCUACACCAUUCCCACCUUCUGGCUUACCCAUUAAAUUUGAUAGGACUUUAUACAAUGGACAUAAUGCUUACAACACAGCCACAGGAAUAUUUACUUGUUCGUUGCCAGGAAUCUAUUACUUUGCUUACCAUGUUCAUGUCAAAGGCACCAACAUCUGGGUUGCUUUGUACAAGAACAAUGUACCUGCUACAUACACCUAUGAUGAAUAUAAAAAAGGAUACAUGGACCAAGCUUCUGGAAGUGCAGUUCUGGAACUUAAAGAAAAUGACAAAGUGUGGAUCCAGAUGCCAUCAGACCAAGCCAAUGGAUUGUAUUCAACAGAAUAUAUUCACUCUUCUUUUUCUGGAUUCCUCCUUUGUCCCACAUAAUGAGCAUGAGCUUAGUCUCUUGCUUUAGCCAUAAACAAUCUAAAAAUAUCUUACAAGAUAAAGAUCAGCAUAUACUUAUAUAUCCACUGGGAGGGAAAAAGCACAAAGAAGACAAAAAUGGUUGCUUUUUUCCUGCUGAGAAAUUAGGUGUGGAAGAAUCUUUUUCUCAGCACAGUUUGCAAAAUAAGUCAUGAGACCAUUUAAUGACACUUAACAAAGCUGCAAGCUGCAUGGCUGUCGUGCAAGACAAUAUUCUUGAGUUUGGAACCUUAAGUGAAUCUUGAAGUUCCAGUUUGGAUUUUAACGUUUUUUUAAUGUUUUCUUUUUGUAAUUUAUCUUUUUAUGCUAUGUUGUUUUGCUUUAGUUUUUUUUAAACACUGCUCUGACACCCAAGUAAAUGUGGAAAUUAGAAUUCUUAUGGUAUCUACCCUGUCAAUAUCUCUGCCAAUCUAUAUGUUUUUAGUUUCCUAUUGAAACCUACUCUAAAGAAUUGUUAAUGGUAUAGAUAUAAAACAAUUGUAACCAUGUAUACCAUGUAACAAUUGUUGGGAUCCCUUAGGCCAUCUAAUUAUUUCAUUAAGCCAUGAAAAUAGUAAAGAUUGGCCUACUUUUUUGUAUUUCUUUUACAGUCCUUUUAUUAUUAUUAAUAGUAUAUGGGAGAGAAAUGAUUAUCCCACCUUGGCUACUCUUCUUAAUCAAAACUCUCUGCCGUGGCACAAGAAGCCAAAAUAAAUGUUUACCGUAAAAAAUGUAUUGAUAUUAUGCAAUGUUUUAUCUCUAAAUUGAAAGUGUAGAAAAGAUACACUAUUCUUCUGGUUUUUUAUAUUAUUUUCUUUUCAAUUUAAGCACAAUACAGAACAUAGUAGCAUCCGGGUUCACAGGAGACAUGUAACAGAUAUUGUUGAUAAGCUUAUAUAUCAUAAAUUAAAUAAGAAUGGUAAGCAUGUGAUAGGUGUAUCCCAGCUGAUUUCUAUACUGGGUCCCAGGUCAUUUGCGGUAAGAAGAGUUCUUCAUAAUUCUCAUCAUUAUCCAUAGUAUUGAUGCCUCAGGCAAAAAGUGUUGUCUUUAUUUUUGCAAAUUUAUAUCAAUAUCUUUAUAUUAUUGACUCAUUUAAUGUACAUUCGUUAUGAUAUUGAAAGAAAAUACUACAGAUGCAGAAAAGUGUAUCAGUGAACCCAGAUCAAUCCAGACGUUACAGUGCUUUAGUAUAGUAAUGCAAUAAUUAGUUUCUAUCCAUCCAUCUAUCAUUCAACUAAGAGACUUAAAGGAGAAGGAAAGCUACCAAGGCAGUUUAUUGCCAAUAGCCACAACAGUGAAAGCUAGAAUGCCAUGUAUAUUCUUUAGAAUGCUUUUCCAUACCUGAGGAUAGCAGCUGCAAUAUUAGCUUGCUGUGACAUCACUUCUUGCCU